AUGGAGUGGCGCUACGUCCCUACGAACUGCAAUCCCGCAGAUAUCCUGUCAAGAGGUGCUCUUCCCAGUGAACUGGUAGCGUCUAACCUAUGGGCUCAUGGACCUGACUAUCUCCGAAAGGAAAAAUCUCAAUGGCCAGAGUCCUGCCUUGCAGUGAAGACUCUUCCUGACCUUAAAAAGAUUGCUUUGGUUGGCAUCUCGACAGCUGCUGAUGUAUCCUUGUACUGCAAAUUCUUCAACUCGUGGGAAAAUUUAAAGCAUGUCUUCGGCUACAUAUACAAAUUUCGCCAUCGCAUCAGGCAGCCAGGUCUCACUUCGGAGCAUGUUCGCUGUGGCACCCAAAUGCUCAUCCGCUCCAUCCAGAUGGUUCAUCUUAAUGACGAAUAUCAUUGCCUGCUUCGAGGACGGCCAAUAAGGGCCUCCAGCUCCAUCGCAUCGCUCUCGCCCAUUAUCGACGAACUUGGGCUUUUACGUGUUGGCGGCCGACUCAAAAACUCUGCUCUGGACUAUGAGGCACGCCAUCCACUGAUAUUACCUCGUCAGCAUCCUGUAACUCGCGCAAUAAUCCUGCAUUUUCAUCGGCGCAACCUACACUCUGGACCACGCUCCCUGCUCGCUUCAAUCCGGCAGCAGUUUUGGCCAAUUGGUGGCCGCAAGACGGUUGCGAGUGCUGUGAGCAAAUGCAUAAUUUGUUUUCGGGCCAAGCCACAUGUUGCUGGCCACAUUAUGGCUGAUCUUCCGGAGGACCGCGUCAGCGCAUCUUACGCCUUCCAGGUGACUGGACUGGAUUUUUGCGGCCCUUUCUACCACAAGUCGGAAGUUCGGAAUAAGGCACCCAUCAAAUGCUACGUCUGCAUUUUUAUCUGCUUUUCCACAAAGGCUGUGCACCUCGAGCUGGUCCAGGAUCUCUUCACUUCAGCGAUUCUUAGCGCAUUGAGGCGCUUUAUACUGAUUCGUGGCAAGCCUGCUCGCAUAUGGUCGGACAAUGCGACUAAUUUUGUUGGCGCUAAGAACGAGUUGGCUGAGCUAAAGCGAUUGUUCCUGAAUGCCAGCCAACAAACCGCAAUAGAUGAAUUCUGCUUGACUGACAGCAUCGAAUGGCAAUUUAUUCCUCCUCGCUCUCCCCACUUUGGAGGUCUAUGGGAGGCGGCUGUGAAGACUGCGAAGUACCACUUCUACCGAUUUGUUGGACCUGCAGUACUGCCCGCUGAUGACCUGCGCACUCUCGUUUGCCACAUCGCGGCAAUCAUUAAUUCUCGUCCUUUAGUCUCACUUUCAGAACACCCUGGCGAUCUUGAUGUGUUGACACCGGCGCAUUUCUUGGGUACUGCUCCUCUGGCUUUGUUUCCUGAGCCUGACUACACUAACUUGAACCUCAAUCGGUUGGAUCGCUGGCAGAAAAUUUCGUUCUACCAGCAACUGUUCUGGUCCCGCUGGAAAAAGGAGUACCUGACGCUCCUUCAACAGCGCUCCAAGUGGCGCACACAGAAGACGGAUAUUCAACUCGGUGAUGUCGUUCUGGUUAAGGACGAAAACCUGCCCUCCCUCAAGUGGCCACUAGCUCGAGUGGUCAACCUCGUCGCUGGAUCCGACAAUUUGGCUCGAGUCGCUGUGCUGAAGACCGCCACUGGCCUCAUCAAUCGCGCACCGAGGGAGUGCUCCACUGAUGAACCAGGGGAGGAGGAGCAAGGAAUUCAGGACGAAGAGGCGGAAGGGGCAGCAGUGGAGAAGCGAGUGAAGCCGAAUCGGACGGAACUGGCUCGUGGCAUGGCAACUGUGGAGGAGCUGCAUCGUGAAAUCGAGAAGGCAAGAAAGGUUCUCGAGAAUCUUUAA